AUGGGCAACUGCGUGAAGUCUCCGCUGAGGAGCCUCUCGCGGAAGAUCCACCAGGAGGAGAAGGCCUGCUAUAAGGCGGUCCAGCUGAGUGAGGAGGGGCCGUCAGCCGGCGAGGGCCAGAGCCAGGGUUCCCUCAUGGUGCUGGCCCAGAACUGCGCGGUGAUGCACAACCUGCUGGGCCCAGCCUGCAUCUUCCUGAGGAAGGGAUUCGCAGAGAACAGACAGCCGGACAGAGAGCUGCGUCCAGAAGAAAUUGACGAGCUGAGAGAAGCCUUCAAAGAGUUUGACCGAGACCGAGACGGCUACAUCAACUGCCGAGACCUGGGCAACUGCAUGCGGACCAUGGGUUACAUGCCCACCGAGAUGGAGCUGAUCGAACUGUCGCAGCAGAUCAACAUGAACUUGGGUGGCCAUGUAGACUUUGAUGACUUUGUGGAACUGAUGGGACCCAAGCUGCUGGCAGAGACGGCCGACAUGAUUGGGGUGAAGGAGCUGCGGGAUGCCUUCAGGGAGUUUGACACCAACGGAGACGGAGAAAUCAGCACCAACGAACUGCGAGAAGCUAUGAGGAAGCUUCUUGGACAGCAGGUGGGACACCGAGACAUAGAGGACAUCAUACGGGACGUUGACCUGAACGGAGAUGGGCGAGUGGACUUUGAAGAGUUUGUCAGGAUGAUGUCUCGCUGAAGACGGCUCUUGAGCUGAGCAGUGACCCAGCCUCAGAGGGUAGAAAAGGGCCUGUGUGGCGCACCAUGCCCUGAGCUCCUAUGCAAUGCCGGAUGCCCCAUCGACGGUGUGCCGCAGUGACCUGCCUCACUACUCCACCUGGCCUGAUGCUCCUUCCCUCUCUACACUGUGAACGAUUUGGGGGUCUCCUGCAUCCAAAGUGCUGCCGGGGGAGGCGAUCUCAUGGGGGGGGGCAGCGGUGCCUGUGCCUGAAGCAGCCAUCGAGGGCUGGAUGUUGUCAAGCUCUCCUUUUCCAACGCCUCGCCUGCUUUUGCUCUUCCGGCCAACCCUGCCAAGCGAUGAGAAAGGGGGGGGCUGGAUGUGGGGGAGGCCCCCAGGAGCAGUGCCUGACAUGGACUGUGCUCUGGACUUGUGUUCCUUGGCCAAUGCGCCUUUUGCGAAGGCCUCCUCCCGUCUCCUCUGUGUCGCCUUGAUUUUUGCCUCUGGAAUGUUUUUCUGUCUCCCUACAGUCAUGUUAAGGGGCACCG